AUGGCGUCUAAAAGGCACAAACAUGCCUGUGCUUGCAUGAUUAUUAAUUCUGCAUUUUUAGAAAAUGAUAGCAACUUAGAAGAUCAUGAAGUUGGUCUAUUGUCUCAACUCCAAAUGCAUACUUCAAUGUGUUCUGCACUUAUGACCCUGAUUCCUCAGCGUCGGAUCAAAAUUCCUCGAGCGCUUAACUAUGUUGAGGAGAUCAUUUCAAAGUAUACUGAGGAAGAUUUUAGACGAAGGUUUCGAAUGAGCCCGGGAACAUUUUCAUCUCUUUUAACAAUUUUCUUAGAAUUUAAAGAGAAAACAAUUAUACCAAUGGAAAAACAGUUAUUAAUUUUCAUACGCUAUUUGACAACACAAAUGACAAUCCAAGCUAUUGCUGACCAAUUCGGAGUAUGUGAAUAUACAGUCUUUGAUAUUGUAAAGCGCCUCGCAAACAUUGUUUGCCGUGAACUUCUGCAGCAAUGCAUAAAAUGGCCAGAUGGUGAAAAAGUUUCCAAUAUUGUUAAAGGGUUUGAAGAUUUAAAAAAUUUCCCUGCUGUAAUUGGUGCCAUUGACGGUAGUCACAUACCUAUAAAAACUCCAAAUCAUUGUCCAGAAAACUACAUUAAUCGAAAGUCAUUUCCGUCUGUCAUUCUUCAGGCCGUGUGCGAUUCAAAAAUGCAUUUAUUAGAUGUUAACUGUGGUUGGCCGGGAUCUGUGCAUGACUCCCGAGUUUUUGAAAAUUCAGAAUUGUACCAAAGGAUUCAGAAAGACCCAGAGGGGAUGUUUCCCAACAAUACACACCUUUUGGGGGACUCUGCUUAUGGGCUUUAA